AGGAGUUCGCUCACCACAAACCGAACAAAGAAGAUAUGGAUCUUGUAUACGAAGAAGCGGUCAGGGAAUCACUGGAAGAUUCUCAGGAGACCCUCAAGGCUCAAGAGAGUAACUCUACGGAACCUGUCAAUGACAUCAACAGAAAGACAGAGGAGUCCUUUCAAAAGUUGGAGGAUGAAAUCUCAAAGACCUAUAACGUCCUGGAAGCACAGGCCUCAACCUGGGGAAGUUGGAUAUCCACCUCGAUCUCUAAUCUGAAGGUCAAUGACGUUAUCAAUGAGACCAAGAAACAAGUUGAGAGUCUCCACAUCGACGAGAAAUUACAAGAGACUAAGAAGUCUCUUGCAAAGAACUUGGAUUCCAUUCAAAAGCAUAUAGUCACAGAUGAGAACGCUGCAAAGUCCAAAGACAUGUUGAACAUGCUUUCUCAAAAGACCAACAAGUAUCUCGAUGAUUUGGACAAAGACUUGGAACGGGUCGAAAACACCGCAGGCGCAUACGUCUCCAAGUUUGGUCAAUUCUUGAAAGAGAACAUCCUUGUUGCAGCCCCAGAGGAUAUGGAUGAACUAAUAGACGAUAAAGAUGCAGAAUUACUUUUCAACGUUAAUGGUACCACUGAAGGUAAAUUAUCAGCCACAAGAACCGAAGCUCAGCUCUUUACACUUCACACUUCUCCAGAUUUGUAUCUCACAGAGGACAAGGACCCUGACUUUGAGACGUUUAAGAGCACCUUCGACGUCGAGCAAAAGACUGAUGAAAUCACCAAGUUAGUGAAGGAGAACAAGAAUCUGAAGAAAUUGAGCACAGAGCUUGUGCCUGCUAAAGUCAAGUAUCCAGAGUUCUGGGCUCGCUAUUUCUACAUGCACGAUAAGAUUCUCCAACAAGAGUCCAACCGUAAGAAGUUAUUAACAGAAAAGAAAUCAAAUUCUGACAAAGAGGAGUUGAGUUGGGGGGACGAAGAUGAAGAAGAUGAGGACAACGAUGACACUAAGAAAUCAUCUACUUCCAGCGAAGGCGGCUACGAACUGCACCCUCUGUCUAAGGAAACCAAGAAGGAAACAGAACAGACCCAUGAAGAGCAAGAUGAGGACGAUGACGAUGAUGACUGGGAGUGA